AUGUCCCAAUUCGUGCAAAACGCGAAGUAUCCGCCGGAGUUCCCGGGCCUGCUCAUGGAUCUCUGCCGCGAGGUCCUCCGGGAACAACCGAGUAAUAUCUACGAGUUUGCUGUGAAACAUUUCACGCAGCUGAGGGACGCCAUGGCCGCUGAGAAGGCCCGAGGAUCCUAG